AUGAAGUUGGGUAUUUGUUUUCUCUGGAUUUUCCUGGUUCAGCUGCAAGCAUCGCUGGCAGUUACCAUAAUUGACUCUCAACUGGCUUCAGCAUGUACCUAUUACUUCAAUAAGUUUGACUGGGGCUGUGACAACACAGGAACAGGUCACAUGGCUGGAUGGCCUUGUAGAUGUGCGAGUGAUUACUAUCUCGCUAGCGUCGCCAAUUGUGUCGAAGACGUUCCAGGGUUCUCAAAUCAUCAGAGGAAACAUGCGUUGAAACAUGUUAAAUCUCGUUGUCUCCUCAAAGGUGAGAGGAAUUUCCCGGUAAGUCUCCUGAAGGAACUGUAUGAUGAAACCAAGGAUAACCUAGUUGAUCCUCACGAGUUUCUGAAUAUGACAGACCCAACAGAGCUGAAUGUUCCAGUCAACCAAACCCUGUACUACAAUGAUGCUGAUUUUGCGAUUUAUCUGAGAACUUUCGUACAGUUCACAGACCAUGUUCUUCUCACUCAAUGGUUAUCCUGGGGAUUGAAUUAUUACUGGUGCUUUAUCAUAUUUUUGGGUCUUUUGAAUCAGAUUAACAGACACUUUAUUGGUCUGUCUUUGCCUAUGGGCACCUUUUUUCAAAAGUAUGUUCAGCUUCCUGGACUGUUCUCUAACAAGUUUCGUGAGCCUGUAAGAUUUUGGAAAUACCUGAGUGUCCACCUCCCUACCAGGCUGCAACUUUUAAUUUUGAUUCCUUUCAUUAUCUACACGGUGUUAGCGACUGCCCUGCACUAUGAAGUCGAACUUCCGAAUGUCUACAUCAACGAGUCGUACUUUCUGACUUUGGAUCUCAUAGGGUAUAGAUCGGGUAUCAUGUCAUUUGCCUUGCUCCCGACUGUCUAUUUUUUUGGUAUUCGAAACAACCCUUUUGCUUUGAUUUCUGGGUUUAGCUUUGCUGACUUUAACUUCUUUCAUAAAACGACUGCUAUAGUGAUGACCAUCGAGGCUCUGAUCCAUUCAGCCGUUUGGACAGCUUAUGCCAUAAACAGUGAUGGGGGAUACAUGUCUCUUGCGUAUCAAUUAUACUGGAAGGUUGGAAUCCUAGGAACUGUUGUCAUAUUCAUCAUCCUAUUCCAGAGCUCUUCUGUGUUCAGAGAAAGGGCUUACGAAACGUUUUUGUUUAUCCACAAAGCGUUGAACAUGGUAUUCAUAGCGUCCAUGUGGCAUCACUGCAUUGAUUUUGGCUGGAUGGGCUGGAUUUAUUCAAUGAUUGCAAUCUGGGGUUUUGACAGAGUCAUGAGAUUAGUAAGAAUCAUUUUUGCUGGUGGGUACCGUAAAGCAACACUAAGACUCUAUAGAGGCGAUAUCUUGCGAUUAACCAUUCAGAGGCCGAGAUUUUUUCCAUUUUUCCCAGGUGCUUAUGGGUUUCUGUACUUUUAUCACGAAGAUUUGCCCUCCUAUUGUCUGUGGCAGUCGCAUCCAUUCACUGUCGUCCCAUCAAAGGAUAAAAAACAAAUUACUUUCUACUUCAGAGCGAGAGAUGGAAUAACCUCUGACCUGAAGCAGCUAGUUCUGAAAUCUGCUCAAGUUGAGAUUCCGAUCAGGGUUGCCUUGGAAGGACCUUAUGGUAACAUUUUAGGAUUGAAGAAGCAGUUGAAGGAUGAAAAGACCACUCAAUUUGUGGCACUUGCCGGAGGAAUGGGAAUUUGCUCUGUUUUCCCCCAUCUGAAUCAUUUGAUCUCCAUUUACAAGCAAAAGGGAUUGGUCCAAGUGUCCACUGAAGACUCAUCUGAUUCACAAGCAAGUAAUGACGACAAAAAUUCAGAAAAGCCAAAGAAAGAGGAAUAUUAUAUGCCUCUCAAACUUUAUUGGACUGUUGACGAUCUGGCUAAAGUUUACUGGUUUGCAGAUCAGCUAGAAUGGUUAGCUGCUCAUGGAGUUGAAGUAAAAGUCUGGCAUACAGGUUCAAAGUCGAUGGAUGAUUACGAGAAUGCUGAGUUUGACUUCUUUAAUGGAGUAGUUUGA